AUGGACGGGUCUGUAAACUCCUCGUUGGAAUGGGAGAGCCAGUAUUCACAGGGUACAGUGGCAGGACUGGCAGCUCUGGUAGCUUUUCUGAUUGUAUUUACCGUGGUCGGGAACGCGCUGGUGAUGCUGGCGGUGUUAACCAGCCGUGCGCUCCAGGCGCCGCAGAAUCUUUUCCUGGUCUCCUUGGCGGCCGCUGACAUCCUGGUGGCGGCGCUAGUGAUGCCUUUUUCUCUAGCCAAUGAACUGAUGGGCUACUGGCAUUUCGGAAGGGCGUGGUGUGGUGCGUACCUGGCCCUGGACGUCCUCUUUUGCACCGCCUCCAUUGGACACCUGUGCGCCAUCAGCCUAGACAGAUACUGGUCGGUCACACGAGCUGUGGAGUACAACCUGAAACGUACACCACGCCGCAUUAAAUCUGCUAUCUUAAUUGUGUGGGUUAUUUCAGCCCUCAUAUCAUCACCGCCACUCUUUUCGGUGGUGGACGACCACCUCACGGAGGGUGCCGGGCGGCUCCCACAGUGUGAGCUUAACGACGAAACAUGGUACAUCUUAUCCUCAAGUGCGGCAUCAUUUUUCGUUCCCUGCCUCAUCAUGAUCCUCGUUUACAUCCGUAUUUACAGGGUGGCCAAGACAAGGACGAGGACCGCGUCAGAAAAGAAACCCAGUCUUGAAACUGAAAAUGGUGUCACUAUGGCUACAUCAGUGGUGAGAUUAAACGGGGAGAAGCUGAACGGGUACUGCCCAGAAGGGCCGGGGAUGAACGAACAGCCACGACCCUCGAUUCAAGUGGAACAAGAUCCGACCUCAAACCUAGAGGCCAAAAUUUGGAAAGAGAAAGACGAAACGCCAAGCAAAAGCCAGGGCAACGGGUCAAAACGGGGAUCAUCUUUGGCGUCGCUGGCAUCCGAGACCAGCAGGCGGGUGUCUCGUGCCAGCAGCCUGACCCGGGAUCUGUUCUCAUCUCGUAAGAGUAUAAGCGGGAGAAGGAAGAGCAGCGCGGGAAGCAGCGUGAGGAGGAGGAGGGCUUCUCAGGUGCGCGAGAAACGCUUCACCUUUGUUCUGGCUGUAGUGAUGGGCGUAUUCGUUCUCUGCUGGUUCCCGUUCUUUUUCAGUUACAGCCUGUACGGAGUGUGUCGUCAGGCUUGCCAAAUCCCCGAUUUGCUCUUUAAGUUUUUUUUCUGGAUUGGGUACUGCAACAGCUCCCUCAACCCUGUCAUCUACACCAUCUUCAACCAGGACUUCAGACGAGCGUUUUACAAGAUCCUCUGCUCACCAUGGAAAAAAUCAUUUUGA